CCCGCCCCCAGUCCCGAAGCUGAGCCGCUGUGAGCUACGGAGAGCUGGUUUGCGUCGACAUGGCCGCUGCGCUGGGCCUCUUGCUGGCUGGCCGGGUCCGCCCCUUUGUCGCCCGCUGUGGGCUCGCGACCCAGGGGGUGGCGGGCCCUGGCCCCCUCGGCCGAGAGCCGGACCCCGAUCCCGAUUGGGAGCCGGAGGAGCGGGAGCUACAGGAAGUGGUGAGUACCCUGCAAAGACAGAGAAAAGCAAUCCGAUUCCAGAAAAUUCGGAGGCAAAUGGAGGCGCCAGGUGCCCCACCCAGAACCCUAACGAGGGAAGCCAUGGAGCAGAUCCGGUAUUUACAUAAGGAAUUUGCAGAGUCCUGGUCAGUUCCCAGACUGGCAGAAGGCUUUGAUGUCAGCACUGAUGUUAUCCGAAGAGUUCUAAAAAGUAAAUUUAUACCCACUUUGGAGCAGAAACUGAAGCAGGAUCAAAAAGUCCUUAAGAAAGCUGGGCUUGCCCUCUCUGCUGGGCAGCGCCAGGGCUCUGAACACAGCUUGCACCCAUGCAGUGCAGGCCACUUGGUGUCAGGCUCUUUGCUGAUUCCGGGGGAUGAAGCCUCAGCCAAAAGUCAGAGUCACCACACCUCCUUGAAAGUGAUUCAGUCAAGUACUCACAGUACAGACACUCCCAGGAGACAGAAGGGGAGGAGUAAAGGAGUCGACGGCCUGGGGAAGAAGAGCUUGGUUCCCAUCACUGCAGCCUUGGGUCAUGAGAGAGAACUGUGGAAAUUCCCCAGCCGUGAUCCGGAGGACACUAGACCUGACAAUGGUACAUCGCCAAAUGGUGAUGGGCUGCAGGAGCUGAAGGCAGGGGAGCCAGAUGGCCAAAACUUUAGCAGCAAAGUAGAACAGAGGGGGCGGGAGUUCUUUGACAGCAAUGGGAACUUCCUAUACAGAAUUUGAGCUGGGACCUAUCUUUAGAAUUGACUUGGGCAAGUGUAUUUGGGGCUGACAGACUUUUUGCCUAUGAAUUGGCCACUUUGGCGUCAGAGGAAAUGAGGAGCCUGCAGUUUGGAUAGAUAGAUUGAAGCUUCCUGGAGCACAGCUUCUGGUCUGACCCCCAUGGAUUGGCAAUCUUUAAUCAACUGUGUUGCCUGGACUCCCUGUAUAUUGAAAUCUGCCAUUUGUAUGGUUAUGAGUUUCUGUGAUACUUGUAACAAUAUUUUUGGGAGGAAAUGAGAAGCCUGUCUUCUGACCUCAUUUCCUUCUUGAUCGCUGAACACUAAUGGUUCUGGGUUGUCCCGGAUUGCUCAGUCAACUGUUGGUUAUCCUUCUGAGCAAAAAUAAAGUCCAGUGUAAUGAUGCAGCA